AUGGCUGAAACUUUACAACCUGUACCUACCACUAGUCAAUUGCAGCCAUCACCAAACAUUGUUCAAGUGCAACCAACAAUAGCUACGACUCCACCAAUUGUGACAAAAAAGUUAACUCGCAGCCGCGUUGGAGCCAUGGCUGCAACUCUACAACCAUCACCAAAAAAUCGGGGUGUUACAUCACAACCAUCACCUACCACUAGUCAAAUUCCGCCAUCACAAUUCAUUGAUCAAACGCAGCCACCAAAAGCUGCUAAUCAACCACAUGCUCCACCAAGUGUGACAACAGAGCUUCCUCACAACCCUGUUGAAGCCAUGGUUGCAACUCCACAACCAUCACCUACAACUAGUCAAAUACUGCCAUCACAAUUCAUUGAUCAAACGCAGUCACCAACAGCUACUAAUCAACCACAAGGUCCACCAAGUUUGACGACCAAGCUUCCUCGGAACACCGCUGGAGCCAUGGCUGCAACUCCACAACCAUCGCCUAUCGUUAGUCAAGUGCAGCCACCGCCAAUCAGUGAUCAAAUGCAGACACCACCACCAGUUGUGUCGAGAAAACGGUCUCGUUGUUCGAUUGAAUCCGUGGCUGCAUCUAGAGGAAGAGGCCCUUCUCGUCCCCAUGAGGAUUGGGGCAUAGGAAAAAAGCUAGAAGUUGUGUUGGAUAAGUAUGAUCUACCUAUUAGCACCACAGUGGGUGUAUUACAAAGCCAACUAGGCAUUUUAGCUCGGAAGAGUAACUUGACACCAUUAACAUACAUUGAUUGGAGGGCUCCACAACUAAAUCCAUACAAGGAACGUAUAUGGGACGAGGUUAAGGAACGUAGCACUAGAAACCUCGCAAAUAUGAGGUCACAAGAAAUGGGGGACACAAGUGGGAGAAAGGCCCAUUGUUGAGUAAGAAAUGAGUUGGCAGCGGCAAAAGGAGGAGUGGAGCCAGACCGACUCGAGGUAUUUUAGAAGACACACACAAAGAAGGAUGGAAAACCAAUUGAUGAGGCAUCGAAAAUAGCCAUAGCUCGUAUUGAUGAAAGGAUAUCUCAAGUUCCCGUGCCCUUGCAAUCCCCUAUUUAUAGGGACGAGGUGUUCACAAAUGUACAAGGACAAGAUACACGUGGACGUGAAUGUACGUUUGGCUUGAGUCCCUAUCCAAAUCAGGUGUGGGGGACGAGGUUUACCCGUUCAUGGGAGUUGCGUGACCGGGAUCAAUUGCGUGCAAAGGUGCAAAAAGAAGUUCUAGCUGAGGUAGAUGACAAACUUUCUCACCUAGAGCGUAAGUGUGCUAGGUUCAAGGCGCAUGCGAAAGAUAUUGGAUACCCAUUGUCUCCGUCUCCAAAAGAUGAUUCACCAAUAUCACCUUCACAUAAUGGACAAGUUACUCUAGUUUAUUGCUUCAAAUAAUGUAUAUUUGAUUUCUUAUUCACCAAUAGUGCCUUCACCCUAAUUUUAAAGUGGCUCGCAUUCCUGAAAAUGCCAAAUAUUAUGGGAUGAAGGGAGUAAUUAAUUUCUAUAUCUUUAAACCAUACGUAUCACAUGUUCAAUUCCUUCUUAAUGAUUCUAUUGCAUGUGUUUAUGUUCCAUCAAAAUGGUUUUGGGCAGUCAUGCAAUGAGGAACAUGUUCUUGAUGCCAACUGUCCUCAACAACAAAAUGGUAAUGAUAGGAGUCGACCCCUCAGGGCUUGGACUGAUGACGAGGUGAGAGAAUGUUUAUCGUGGCUAUUUUUUUGUGAAGAAGUGGUAUAAGUAGCAAAUUAAUUAAUCUGGAUGCCUCAGAUCUAUCUUUCCAAUAGUUUCUUAUCUAGAAUAAGUUUGGAGAAAAUAAUUUUGGUAAACUUGUGCUUGUUCUUUGGAUGGAUUCCUUAUGUGUGAGCUAGUGAAUGUUGAGAACAUUAGAGAAGUAGACAUUUCCAGUUCUUUUGAGCUUGAAUAAGUAAAACUUCUAGAUUAGUGCCAUACGCCGAGUUUGCCUAAAUAACUAGACAUUUCUAGCUCCAAAUAGAAAAUCGCUUACAUGACAUCAUAGAGAAUUGUUAGUAGUAAGUAGGGUUUUUGAAAAUUUAGUUAGAAUACAAAAAUACCAAUGGAGAAGGACAAUAUUUUAUUGUCACUUGCUGAUGCUACUUAAUGUUUUGCUU